AUGGCGCAGGUGAUGCCGCCUGAGGCCGUUCAAUCGGCGAAGAAGGGGCUCUGGGCAACCUACGUCGUCUUCGCUUUCUGCUGCGCCCUUGUUUUCGGCUUCUUCAAAGGUCCUCUCUCUCUCUCUCUCUCUUUCUGCCUCAUAUAUCUAUAUAUAUAAAUAUACAGACUUUUAUUUUUCCCUGGAGAAGAUUCCGACGGUGUCCAACUGGGCUUCUCUUGUUCUUAGGCCUGCUGAUCGGACCCAUCGCGGCUCUCGUGCUGAUAAUCGGGAACGUCGGGGUGAUUGUGGGAUUGCUUCCUGCUCAUGUCUACUGGACCGUCCUCACUCUCGUCAAGUACUCGCCUUCUUCCCUCUUCCUCCUGUCGCACCUUACACUUUCAUCUCGCAUUGCUCCGUAGAUUUCGUCGACUGAUUGAGGUCGAAUUCCUGCGCCAAGCUGGGCUGCCGACCAGAACUCUAAACCUCUCGAUUCCCCCUCGGAUUAUUUCAAUCCUCACGAGCCCCUAAACCUCCCCACACAAAAUGAACGCCGGAAAUGACCAGAGGGAGUGCCCGGCAUCAAUCAACUCAUAGUUGCCGCUGAAAUCCAAGUUCGGACUGUAUCAUCUUCUCGACAAAUCAUAUUAAACGAGACGUCAUUUGGGUGUUCCCAGUUUUGAGGAAUGUAAUCGAAAAACGGAUAGAGAUGGGCGCUCCAUGGGUGAUGUCUCUUGGAAGGCAUCUUCAUCGGGGACUUCAGGAAAAAGCCCUUUUUUAAGUAACUUGUACUCAAUGCAGGGCUUCUAAUGCGUUCUUUCCUUUUAUGGAAUCAUGCUGCAGGACCAACCUAGUCAGUGUGGCGCUUAAAGUAGUCCUCCUAUUUACACUCCCCAUCGUGUUUAUGCUGUGGCUGGCUCUCGGCAUUGUUGGGAGCGUCCUUGUGGGGCUCGGCUAUGGGUUCGUCGCGCCAUGGAUGGCCACUUUUGAUGCCUUCCGCCUCGAAGGGGAAAGAAAUAAGUUUGUUCACUGCAUCGUGGUAAGCCCAGUUCCAGUUUCAUUGUCUUAGACGCUGAUAGUGCACCCCCACCCCCCCUGAGAUUCAUAGUUUUAUCUUUGAGAUUCUUUCUUGUGAUGAAUCAAAACCAGGAUGGAACUUGGGGAACCAUCAAAGGGAGCUGCACAGUUACUCGUGAUUUUGCUGAUUUCUGCUACCACUCGGUUCCACUGUACAUGAAGGAAUUACGGGCGGCGACCGAGGUGCCCCAGCCUCAUAAAAUCAGGUUUGCCCCUCUCCUAAGCUUUUCUACCGCCUCCUUUUGGAGCUUUUUCAUCAUGUUUUUACCAACAUCAUAAGCAGCACAUGCGUGAUGCUCUAAUUCGGAAUAACGGCGACUGAGACAUAAAAUUAGAACUCUUAGUUGGGGUGAUGGUCGUAGUCGUAGAUCAUUCCUCAUGGCCCAGAGUAUUCAGAUAAAACCCAGAAAAUAUCUGAAACAAAUGAUUUGAAAAUCUUCUUCUUUCCUCCGUCGUCGUAGUUAAAUGGCCGCAGGAAGUGCGCCAUAUAGCAUGAAAUAUCAGCAGAGGUUUUCUUCUUUCAUCAGCCCUGCGGACGACACUUAACAGUAACACGGUAAGAACAGCUGAUAAUGGAUUGGUUCGCAUUAUGUGGUUCGGUGACCGGAAUUCUGAUCCAGAAGGUGAAUAGCCGGACCCUGGCUUCAACUGUGAAAUCAGAGUAUGCAGGGGGGAGAAGGGCCGUGAAAGGGCUCCAUAAGACUCUCUCCAUUCGGUUCCUGGACCAGAUUCCAGUUAAUGUGCCGAAGUCUGAUUCUUGGAUGAUAUCUGAUCGAUUGCUUUAAUUUUUUGACUAGAAUCACGGCCAUCAGGCAGGUGUGUGAUAAUCUAAUCAGCCCAAGGCCUCUGCAGCAGCUGAAAUUCGGUUUUGUUGGCGAUUGUUCGUAGGUUUGUCGACGUGCCUGCAUGUAUUCUGGUGGCCAUUACGGGAGUCAUCGUGGACCUGCCACUUUACACCAUAAUCGCCGUCGUGAAGAGCCCUUACAUGCUCUUCAAGGGAUGGCAGAGGCUGAUGCACGACUUAAUAAGUGGUGAAGGGCCCUUUCGCGAGACAUCUUGUGUCCCCAUCGCUGGUUUGGCCAUCCUUUUUUGGCCUCUCGUCGUCGUCGCCUGUGUCGCGCUGGCUUUCCUGUCGGGCAUCUUCUUCGGGCUCUACGGCGCAGUCAUCGUGUACCAGGUGAGUGCAGAGGAUCUUCUGUGACGACCCUUUGGUCGCCUUUUCAGAAGCAACAAAAAUUUUCUUUCCAUCCAUCUUCUCUGGCUUCACACCCCUUGGCUCAUGCCAUGGUUUGCUGCACAGGAAAGGUCCCUUCGCAGAGGAUUAGCCUACGUUGUUGCCACAGUGGCAGAAUUUGAUGAAUACACCAACGAUUGGUUGCAUCUGAGUGAGGGAACGAUAUUUCCAAGGUUAUAUUUCUUCUUUCCUGUUUCUUGAUCAGGUUUAUUACACCAUAUUGACUGCUAUAUUGGGAUUUAUUACUGAAUACAUAUAUCUUCAUUUGUUCUCCCCCGCACUUGAACCCCAGGCCCCAAUACCGGAAGAGAAAAGCAUCGAAUUCAUCAGAGCUAUCCAUCGGUUCUAGUCUUGCCAAAGGUGGGCGGGUUGGCUCUGGUCCCAUGGAGCCGCCUGCACUACUUGUGCCAAGCCUAGCGCCGUCGAGAUCCGUAAGAGAGGUCAUACAUGAAGUGAAAAUGGUGCAGGUGAGCUGAGAUUCCUGGAGAAGGACUCCACUGUAUAUAGUUUUUAUUCAAUUCCUUCACGGGUUCAACGUAAAGGAAACGACUUGUUUCCAAUGCAACAGAUAUGGGAUGAGCUGAUGACAGGCUUUGAAGUCGGAGGGAAGCAGCUGUUGGAUGCAGAGGUAAUAACGCUAGCUGAUCUCAGCGAGUGGGUCAAGAUGAAGGGGAGCAAGGGGGGGAUCAUCGGACUCGGGUUGCCCUCCUACUGCCUGCUGGACACUCUGGUGGAGUCCAUCACGGUUGGGGCCUCGGGGAUAGUGCUAAGCAACGGGGCCGAAGUCAACCAUCAGAACCGCCCGCAGGACAGGCUCUUGGACUGGUUCUUCCACCCUGUGAUGGUCUUGAAGGAGCAGAUCAGGGUCAUCAAUCUGGAGGCAGGUGAGCUGAGAUUCCUGGAGAAGCUGGUCAUCUUCGGCAACAACACUCAGCGCAUGGAGUCCUGGAACAACGGUUCUGUGGCUCCUCAGGACGCUAUGAGGAACGCCCAAAUCCAGGCCAUCAGCAGGAGGUAUGGACGGCUUUCACAUUGCUUGAUUUAUUUUCCAAUCUUUUCAUUAAAUUUAUUCUCUGGGUAUAUAUAAAUUUUUCCAAUGUUUUUGACCGACUUGUAAAGAAUUUCCAGCAUCCUCUUGCUUUUCUAAAAAAUAGAUAGAAAAAUAAAGCUUGGUACAGCUACUGCUCUGCUCUGCUCUGGGGAAUGAAGUCAAACUGACAGCCAAAAAUAUGUGCAGAUUGGUGGGCAUGACGGGGAGCAUAUCAAAGUUCCCAACUUACAGGAGAAGAUUCGAACGUGUGGUGAAGGUCCUGAUCGCUCAUUCACUGGAGAGGGAACCUCCCGGCGCGACCGAAAGGGGAAGCAUCCGAGGCUGGGGAAGCUUACGUGUAUCAAAGUCAACGAAAGCAAUGCAUGCUGAGGUCUAG